CUUUUCCGCGAGAGAGGAAAGGAAUACGUGCGUGAGAUUUUUCGUCAAACACCCCCUUCCCUCGCCGCCGCCGCCACAGCCACGACCCGCGAGCCAUGGCGCCGUCCGCCAGCUCCUCCUCCUCCUCCUCCUCCGGCACGGACUCCUCCGGUUCCUCCUCCUCCUCGGGGAGCGACCGCCGCGUCCGCCGCCGCCACAGCCGCCGCAAGGACGCCGCGCCGUCCACGUCCUCCUCCUCCGCGCUGAAGGUGCGCAAGGACCGCAAGUCCCGCCACAAGCGCCGCCGCCGGGAGAGGCGGAAGUCCCGUUCGGACGACGACAGCUACAGUAGCACAAGCUCCUAUGAUAGUGACCGCGAGGCAUCUGGCAGAUCACGUAAGCAUAAGAAGAGCAGUAGAUCAAGGAAGUCUAGGGAAAGAGAGCGAAGCAAGGAUAGGCAUCAUAAACGGGACAAGAGUAAACAUAGAGAGAAGAAAGAGAGUGAACGUUCUAGCGGUCCGGUCCAACUUUCCAAGUUCCUUGGUCGCGAGAAGGAGGAAAGCGGCAAAAGGAGUGUUAUCUCUGGUAAAAAGAUAAUGAUGAAGCUUGAGAAAUCCAAGGAAGAUAAGGCGGCUGAGAGCAAGCGCAAUGAACUGUUGAAGUUUCUGAAUGCCAGUUAUGAUUGACAACUUGUCAAAAGUGGUGAUGCUUGGCUGGAUGGCUUGGAUUUGUCUUGAUGCCACUGCUUAGUCAUGUGUGCGUUUGGUGAUACCAAGAAGUUUUUUGUCCGGUUUUUUAAAGUUAAUGACUGUGACCACCAGUGCUUUAUAUCGGUAUAUUUGGCUAGUGGUUGGACAAAGGUCACAUGUAUCACUAGGUCUCACAAUUUUUAAGCUUGGGGUGUUUGUGCUCUUAAAAAUUUGAUCGUUACCAGUUUGUACUUUGUAGCCUCCUUUUUGUAAGCCCGUUUAACCUGGAGAUACACCAAUUUUAUAGAAUUUUCCUGGCAAGGGUACUUGAUCUAAA